AUGGUAACGGAAACUUUGAUCCUAUAACAAACUAGCGAAUUUUCGAGGGAUCUAUCUCUCUAUUCCAAACAGAUCACUUCAAUAUAACAAAUUGGAAACAAUGAAAAUGAUUUUGAUGAGAACGUUAAUCCAGACUUGGUGCAUUAUUACGAAAAUUCAAACUCUUAAAUACCUAACAUGGAGGCUUUUAUUGGAAAUAUUGUUGCCUUCUAAAGGUGCUCUUAUGUAUUUAACUUUGCCUACAAUCCAGUAAGUAAAAUUAAGACAUAUCAAAUUCAAAGGUAUACAGUUUCCAUUGAGUAUGAUAAAGAAUUGAAAAGUAAGAGGACUAUAUUCAACAAAAAGAGUGAGUAUACAUUUUAAAGAGCGAAAAAUGGUUAUAAUGAUUUCCCCUGUACUACGACUGAAUUUUACUAUCAUCCGGGAAUUAAAGGCAUUAUUUACUUAAUGGAUGACAAUCUUACAAUAAGUGUAAUGUAAGAUGCAAGUUUUCCUAAAAAUGGAGAUCCUUGCGAGUAUGAUCUCUUUAAUAAUUCACAACAGAUUAACCAAUUUAAUUUUUCGAUCAAAGAUUUCGAUUUAUUCCAUCAAGGAUUACUUAGAAAUUUCAUUUUUUUGAAUGAAACCUUAUAUAUAGUAACACAUGGGUAAAUAAGCGAUAAAUAAAGUCUAGGAUUAUAAUCUAAAAUAUGGAGAGUAGAUUUGUUCCCACAAUCUCCAAAAAAGUUUCUUCAUCACUUAGUAUAAAACACUUCAGCUAAUGAGAUCAUAACCUAAAUAGCAUCUUUGGAGACUAUCGGAUUUAUUUAUACAAAAAAAGAUGUUAGGGGUUAUACACUAUCAGCACUAAAUAAAUCUGAUAACUUCAAUAGUAGUAACAAACCUAUAGAAAUUGCAAAAACAGAUUAUUGGAAAAUAUAUUAAUCAAGGGCGGAUAAUCAUAUGCAUCGGCCUAUAUUUGGAGUAAAUAGUUCAUAUCCAUCAGCAAUAUCUAGGCUUACUUCAAUUCCUGCCUAGGUCUUUAAUGAUAUCACAAACAAUACAGAUUUCUACAAUUUUACAGUAUAAUUUGCACGAUUUCAUGCUUUAGUACUCAAUCCUGGACUUUGCGGUUAAACUAGAAAUACAACUGACUAUAACAAUAUAAGAGCUUUCGUUGUAAAUCUGAGAAGAAUGGAGUUAGAAAAGUGCUUAAAUUAUACGCUUGUUGGCUGUGGAGAUGGUGUAUAUAGAAGUAAAAAUGAAGGGGAUUGUGAUGAUGGCAAUCUUAUUGAUGGAGAUGGAUGUUCAAGCAACUGUAAGAUAGAGACAUUUUACAAUUGCACUCAAGUUGAAGGAAAGAAAAGUGUUUGUUCUCAAAUAUUAUGUGGUAAUGGUAAAAAAGACUUUGGAGAAGAGUGCGAUGAUUAGAAUGAAAGAGAUGGGGAUGGUUGUAAUUCAACAUGUAAGGAAGAGAUUGGAUGGAGUUGUGAUAACCUUUCCUCAUGCAAAAAAAUGUGUAUGGAUGGCAAAGUUUACUAGCAAAAUAAGAUGCAUGCUAAUGGCUCUAUUUAUGAAUACUACAGAGAGGAAUGUGAUCAAGUAGAAGGCUGCAAUAACGAGACUUGUAAAGCUGUCCUCGGUUGGAACUGCACUCAGAAUAUGGAAGAUUAAACAUCAAAAUGCACUUAGAUUUGUGGUAACCUACACAAUGAUCUAGGGGAGGUAUGUGAUGACGGUAACAAUGUUGGUGGAGAUGGUUGCGCUCAGGGAUGUAAGCAAAUUGAAUAGUCAUAUAGUUGCCCGUUAGUUGGCAAAUGUUCUAGCAGCUGUGGAAAUCAUAAGUUCGAAGGUAUUGAUCAUUCGAUCGAGUAUGAAAAAAUACUAGAAGGUGAGGAGUGUGAUGAUGGAAACAACCUAAACGGUGAUGGAUGCUCAUCUGCUUGCGUAAUAGAAGAAGGGUACACAUGUGUGAACAUAGUCUGGAAGCUCGUUUAUGAAAUACCUAUCUACUACUCAUCAUGCAAAAAGUCCACUGGAGGGAAUGGUGAAACAAAUGGCACUAAAGCAUACUAUAAAUACAUUUAAACAGAAACUGAGUUUAUCUUUGACGAUAAUUCAGUUAACAUAAGAUAAUUAAGUGGGAAAUUCAGACUCAUCGAAACUGGGGAUAGCUAGAAUGUUUAUGGAAUAAACUAUGCAUCAAACAAAUAUGGUUACAAUUUUCUUUCAUAUCUUAAAAGUGGCGAAUAACCCGUUGAAUAUAUUAAAAUCUAACUACUAAAAAAUGGUACUGCCUCAUACUAUGAAGAAAUUAAUUACCCUUAUUCACACUAAUACCAAUUUUCCCUCUCUAAUACUUACACUGGAUAUCAAAGAGGAACUUUUGGAAAAUAUUUAGUUAAAAAUGACAAUCAAACCUCACUAGGAUUUUAUGCAUUGGUGAAAAAUAAUUAAACUGGUGACAUUAGUUUUGAUAAGAUAUACAAUACUCUUAAUCUUGAAUACAAUCAGUAUCUUGGUAGUCAUGAGGUAUGGUACUGGCCUUACGCUAAUGCAACUAUUGCUAGAUAUAUAGAUGGAAUUAAUUGGAAAGGCCAUGGAUUUAGUAAGAAUAUUUUACAGAUGCUUAAGAAUCCUGAAAUGUACCCAGAUAAUGAGAGAAUAGAGGGAAGAUUCUAGAGGCAAAUGACUAUGAGUGGCUAAAUCUAAUUGCCAAUAAUAUUCUACAAAUGGUUCAUUAUAGUUUAUGUUAGCACAUCUACAUCUUCAGGGGCAUUGAGAGUUUAUAAGUAUUUUGACGAUAUUGACUAUUUAGUCCCUUACAACAAUGAGUUAGUUUUUACAUCUACAAACAAUUAAUACAGAUAGUACUCUCUAGUGUUUUUCAACAAAGACUUUGGGAUCAUCUUUAAGAGAGCUAGCUCAAAUGUUUUGAUAAGAUACCUAGUAUCAUCAAUGACCACCACAAGUUCUCCUACAUUCGAUGAUCGAGGUUUAAUUUUGUAAGGUUACUAACUGUCAGAAUUGAUUAUGAUUUAAAGAAGAUAGGAUCCUGAUAAUCCUGAAGAAGAGCGAGAUGUUUAUGGAUAUUUCCCUUAAAUUUCUGAGAUUUACAGAAUAACUUCUAAUGUCUAAAAAGGCAAUGGAGCACUAGAAGUUGUUGAAAAAAUAAUUAUCCCAGCUCUUGGAUUAGAACUUUAGAAUGGAUUUAUUGAUGUUGGAAAGUACUUUAUUGUAGUCUAUUCAGCUGUUUAAUGUGGAGCUUAGAUUGGUCAAGUAAUCAAUUCCUCAUCGGCUUAUUUCUACAGGUUUAGUACCAAAGAAUGGCUGUGUAUGAAUCUUAAUAAUCCAGCUGGUUUAACAUAAGUAUUUGCAUGGUAGACAACAGUCGAAUCACCUAAUAAUACUAUUUUAUGA